AUGACCAUAGGAGAUAGGCCGCUUAAGCUUCCAAGUCACCAGAAAUACCGUUCUACUGAAAGGAACAAGAUGAUUAAUCCGGAAAAUCAAAACAUGAAAAGCCUCAUAUGGGAUCUCCCGAGGGCUUUUAACUGUUUUGAUAGAGAGGAUCUCAAGAAGGUCUUGAAAGUUGGCGUCUACACACAUGAUGAUUGGUGUGUCACGUUGGAGAGAUGGGUUGAAAAACCGCCUGAUGAUUAUCUAACGAUUCUCCCAGUUUGGGUGCGAUUAUAUGAGGUGCCGGUGAACUACUAUACUGAAGCUACAAUCACAGACAUUGCAGAGGUGAUUGGACAGGUGAUUGAAGUAGCAUUUGACCCAGAGAAACCCCAAAACCAAAGGUAUGUCAGAGCAAGGGUCCUCUUUAACACCUCCAAACCACUUUGUAACUUUAAGACAGUGGAACUACCGGAAGGAGACGUAGUCACGGUUAUGUUUGAGUACGAGAGAAUCCGGAAACGAUGCUUCCAGUGUCUAAGGUUGACACAUGAUAAGUCUAGAUGCCCUGAGAAUCCGGCUCGACGGAGUAACCUUGUCGCAAAGCCAGCUCCCGCUAAGGCAAUUGUACCGGCAGCUAUAGUGGUUCAGACCCCGCGGCUGCUACCAGAUGAUCCUCUGUUUGGUGUUCUAACACAGGCAAGAGAUACAUUAGGACAAAAGACUCUGUUACGUCUUGAACCAGCCCCAAUCUUCUCUACAGAUGUCAAUAAAGGGAAAGGACUAGUAUUCCACUUUCCGGAGCAGAAUGUUUCUGCAGAGCGAGGGGAUAGAUUGAUGAGAGACGCUCAGCUUUCAGGUGGGCGCUCCAAUUUGGAACUGCUCCGUAGUAUGGAGUUGGCAGCAUCAACUGAAUCUUCCUUUGCUGACUGUUCUACGGGUUUUAGGGUUGGCACUUCUGGUGCUAGAUCUUCCGGGACAGGGACAGGAAAGAAGAAGAAGUAUCGCAGACGACCCCAAUCAGUUACUAGGAAGUCGCAGAAAGGGACGGUACAACAAUCUCAAUGA